AGUUUAAAAAAAACUCUGUCAAGUUGUUGACCGUAACGAAAGCGAGCGAUAUUUACAAAUUUCACAAAAUCCAAUAUUUUAAUAUUUUUAAUAGUAAUGUGAUUUUUAAAUACCACCACCUUGCUUUUAAUUACUCUAUAAAUUCCGGUUCCAAAGCGAAAUAUGGAAAUAAAACCGUUUAUGUGAUACACUUGAAUUAUUAUUGUUUUCAUUGGUUUCAAUUAUUUUGAACUCUGGAAGAAUGGAUGGGUCGAGUAAUCUUGCUACGUUGCUUCAUAAAUUAUGUGUUGGACUGUCAACUGAUCCAGAUGGCGCGUAUGAACUGGCCGUGUCGUACUUAUCGUCUACCAGUGAGAAAGCACGAUCCAAUCAAGAUGAAAGGCUCCUCUGUCAAAAGAUACAAUCGCGCCUUACCUCUGUGUCUGCCAGGGAUGUGGAUAAAUUCAAUGAAUUUUAUGCCAAAUUAAAAAAUACUUUUAUUUUAAAGCAAAGAGUCUCUGUUCUUUCAUUGCUUCUUGCUCUGUCAGAAGCACCACAGCAGACGGAAUCAACACACCAACUUUUUCCUAUACCCCAGUUGGCCACGAAGUCAAACAUUGGGCUUUCUGGUGCUGCAUCAAGUUCCAGCAAAAGUACAAUAGGCUCAGUGAGCUGGGGAAGUCAAGGAGCGCCUAAAAACCAAGGAUCUAAUCAGAGUCUUCCAUCUAAUAACAGUAAUAUGGCUUUGGUUCUACAAUCAAAUGAUCGACCAAAUGAUCGCCUAUGUGUCCGGGAGGCGGUGUUAGCAGCGACCGGGGUGAAAACGCGGGGUGCGGGCGGCGGGUCACGCCCGAUGCAGGCUCUGUAUGCUCGCAUUGCCCACCUUGGCUUCCUACAUGAUAGGCUCAAGGAAUUCAUUGAUCCCAACUCUGGGAUUAUGCCUCAAGGUCUCAUGGGAGAAGGUUUGGUUGCUUCUAUAAGGGAUGAACUCACAGAAUAUUAUAGGAGUGUAGCCCUUCUCCAAUCGCAGGCAUGUGAAGGCGAUGGAGGCGGCGGCACGCUGCGACGCGUUUGCGUAUGGGCCCAAGAACCUCUGCACAGAAUGACUUGGCUUGCCAACAUGGCGCACACAGCACACCAUAAGAAAGGAGGAGAACUAGCCUCGUGCAUCCACCGUUUCGUCCGGCACGGAGACGAGCGUGUGGCCACGUUGGCCCGACGCCUGCUCACGGCACUAACCUAUCCUUUGCUGCUCAUGUUGACGCGUUGGCUCCUACAUGGUGAAAUUGAUGAUCCGUACAAUGAAUUUUUCAUUGAAAGCCGAAGCGGUGUUCCUAUUGACAGGAUGUGGCACGACAAAUAUCGAGUCAGAGAGUGGAUGGUGCCCUCCUUCAUGUCGCGCGAGCAAGCGGCGCAGAUCCUGGCGACGGGCAAGAGCGUGGUGUUCAUGCGAGAGGCGUGCGCCGACGAGCCCGGGCCCAGCGACCACGCGCACCACCUGCAGCCGCUGCUCAAGUCGCACACGGGGAGCGGAUCAGAAGCGGACGGCACGGCAGGCACGGCGUGGUGGGAAGCGGAGGGUUUACGCGCGGGCGUGGCGCUGGCACACGCAGCGGCGUCGCAGCGGCUACUGGCCGCGCUCACCUCGCACCACCACCUGCUGGACCACCUGGCCGCGCACCGCCGCUACCUGCUGCUGGCGCAGGGCGACUUCGUGCACCACCUCAUGACGCUCCUGCAAGACGAGCUGAGCAAGCCGGCGGCGUCGCUGUACGUGCACAACCUGUCGUGCACGCUGGAGGCGGCCGUGCGCGCCACCAACGCGCAGUUCGAGCCGCCGCACGUGCUCGCGCGCCUGCACGUCAACCUCUACCCCAACUGCGACGGUCGCGACGACAGCGGCUGGGACGUGUUCGCGCUGCAGUACCGCGUGGACGGGCCGCUGGGCACGCUGUUCCCUGCCACGUGCGCCGCCCGAUACCGCGCGCUCUUCACGCAGCUGUGGCGCGUCAAGCGCAUCGAGUACAGCUUGCACGACGCCUGGCGCGAGCACACCAUCCUGCAGAAGCGGCUCAAGUACAUGCCCGAGGUAUGGAGCCUGAUGCGUCGCGUGUCAUGCCUACGCGCCGAAGCAUUGCGUCUAUGCGGCGCUUUGCAAGAGGCCAGCUGCGUGGGCGCCGAGCCGGCGUGGGCCGAGCUGCUGGCCGCCGCCGCCGCGCGCCAGGACCUCGACACGCUGCUGCGGCUGCACCACAACGCGCUCGAGCGGCACUCCACGCACGCCAUGAUACACCACACCACGCAGGAGCUGCAGUCUUAUUUAGGUAACGUGUUGAACGAGACGCUGGCACUGCGCAGCUUCGAGGCGACGUUACACAAUGGCAUCAACGCCGAGCUCGAGCGGCGGGACCGCAUCGAACAGAUGAAGGCGGAGCGAGUGGCCCGAGGUGAAUAUGCAUUCACGGCAGCUGACGAAGUGCAAGAUAAAGAUAAAAGAAAGAUUUUCCUUCAAUUCUUGGCUAGUCGAAAAGCUGAUUUAAAUGUUUGGGCUCGAACUUACAGGGGCCAUGUGACAACGUUGAUACUGAAGUUGGCUCUCCACACGGAGGUGUCGCUACAAACGCUGGCAUUCCGGCUCGACUACAGUGACUUCUACAAGCGUGGCGAUGCCAAACUGCACGAGCCUCUCACAUAUCAGCACAAGCGGCUCAGUGAGAUUGGCCUCAACUUGGCUAGGAGUAAAAUGCUGGAUCGUUCCAAAAAGAAGUGACAGGUCGAGAAUGCUGAACCUGCCAAUGUGAAUAGCUGCGUCCACUGGCUGGGCCUCGUCUGUGCCCGCGCUACGUAACCAGUUUUCCAGCCUUAAAUAUUCGAAUUAAAAUGCCCCAAUAAGAAAUAAAUGUACAAAUAUUCUCUCCAAUAAUGUCAGUUCUGUAAUUAAUAAGUAACACGGAAACUUUUUUGAAGUUUCAAUUUUUUCAUAGCCAUGUUUAUUAGUGCCAUGCUCUCUAUGAACUGAAUAACUAGGAUUUUGUUAAAUAAAAUAUAAUUCUUAAGAA